AUGCUCCUUGUAUCAGGGACUAGUCGCCUUAGGGUUUUACUUGCGAGUCUCACUCUUCUACCCCUUUCGAAUGCGCUACUUCGUUUUGGUUGCUCACAAUUGGUGACCGAGCGUCUCGAUCCCCUCGUUACGCCUGGUCAAAUCUCACCUCAUGUUCAUCAAAUCGUCGGAGGGAAUGCCUUCAAUUUUACGAUGCACCCCGAUCUCGAUAUCGGCAAUCUGGCGACAUGUACCACCUGUCGCUUCAAAGAAGAUAAGUCGAACUACUGGACUGCUGUACUCUACUUCAGGCACGAAAACGGAAGUUAUGCUCGAGUCCCUCAGAUUCCAAACCACGUCGUCGGAAACCCCAAUGGCGGUAUGACGGUUUACUACGUCCAACCGGGAGGCCGAAAGGUUACUGCUUUCCCCAAGGGCUUCAGAAUGAUCACUGGGGACCCAAUGAAACGCUCUGGCGGACCAAAGGACGUCAAUAGCGUCGAAUCAUGGGCUCUCACUUGGAGAUGCUGGGAGAGUACUGGUUUCCUCGACCCUUCGAACCGAUACCCACCUGGAGCCGGACCCUACGACACGAUCGAACUUCCGAAAAAGAAGUGCGCCGGUGGAAUUCGAGCCAACGUCUUCUUCCCUACGUGCUGGGAUGGAAAGAAUCUCGAUAGUCCUGACCACCAUAGUCAUAUGGCGUUCAUGUCGGGCACAGUUAACCCAGACGUCGGCAUCCUUGGGUUCAACGGUGAAUGCCCUCCCACUCACCCAGUCCAAGUCCCGCAUGUUCUCUACGAAACGUACUGGGAUACUCGCCCAUUCAACAACCUGUGGAACGCAGACGGACAGAGUCAGCCCUUUGUCCUGAGUAUGGGAGACCCGACUGGAUAUGGACAUCACGGCGACUACCUGUUCGGCUGGGAAGGCGACUCACUCCAGCGGGCAAUGGAUAAUUGCCUCGAUGGUUUCGGAAUGCCAGAAGCCUGUGGCGAGCUGACUGUCAUCUCGGAUGCGGAGAUUAAUCGCUGCGUUCAGCAAACCAAAGUCGAUGAGAUAGUUGAGGGAGAAUAUUUACGAGAACUUCCGGGCUGUAAUCCCCUGCAGUAUGGGCCGAAUCCCGCAGUUCCGGUGGAUUGCCCCCAGCAAUCGCGCUGA